GGGAGAUAUGACUACUGGGCGUCCCCAGGUACUGGGGGACCUGCUGCCUCAGGCCAACCUGCCCUCCCUUGCCGCUCCCUGGACGUCAUGGCUGGGGCGAGGAGGCAGGCGCAGAGCACCUCAGACAUCCCCCAGCUGCUGUGGGAGGGAGGGAGCUCCAGCCCUCGGCAUCCGGUACCUGACAAAGACCUCGGGGUGCGUGGUGCGUUGUGGCGAGGAGCUCUCUCUGCGUCCUCUUCACUGAGCAGGGGAAAGAGCUGCCACUACUUCACGCCAUGCGGAGGGAAAGGACCCUGGGCGCCUGGGUGCUCCUUGCCAGCCUGGCUGUGGCUAUCUGGGGCAUCCGAGGACAGAUGGUAAUUGUGAAGGAAGUCAGCGGGAAGGUGUUCCUGGAGUGCAAGAUAACCAGCCAAAGUCAGGUUGUAUGGUGGAAAGACGGGAAUGACGUAGGAAACACAACACAGCUGGACUUGGGUGCAAUUUAUGAUGACCCCAGAGGCACCUAUAUAUGUGGCGCAGGCGACGAGAAAAGCUCUCCCCUCCAGGUGCACUAUCGAAUGUGCCAGAACUGCAUCGAAGUGGAUGUUCCCACCAUCUCGGGGAUCGUGGUCGCAGAUGUUGUCGCCACCAUCUUCCUGGCGGUUGCUGUGUAUUGCAUCACGGGCCAGGACAAGGGACGCAUGUCACGAGCUUCGGACAGGCAGAACCUGAUUGCCAACGAGCAGCUCUACCAGCCCCUUGGCGAGCGGGACGAUGGACAGUAUAGCCGGCUGACACCUGCCAAGGCCCGCAAGUGAAGUGGGAAGAUGCUGGGGCCUGUGGCGCCUUUGUACCAGGAGUUGAUAUUACAGCAAAGCCACCGCCAGUGCCUCCGUAAGCUCCGUGCUGGCAGAAGACAGUGCAGGUUUUUGCCUAGAGAACCGUCCAGCUCCUUGCCAGGUUGGGCUGCUUGUAGCACUCUUUCCAUGACCUCUUGUACUUCUGUAUCCCUCUCAUUAAAGAUGAGCCUAUCCC